GAAAUAUCAUCAUAGGGCAGGCGUUAUAAUAGAGGAACCAGAAAAAAGACCCCACCUUCCAUCAAACUCUUCUAUACGUAUAUACUUUUUGCCAGCCACCCUAGUUUUCUACUAUUCCAACAUACACUUUCUUCCAUAAAUCCUUGUUUUUGUACUUAAAAACUUUUUUGUGGAUCAUCACAUCACAUGGUCGAUCUUGUUUUAUACUGAGAUUUGAAUACCCUUUCUGUGUUUAUCAGACAAUUAGAUCUCCUUCUCACUCACACGGAGUGCACAUGGUUUUUCAGGCUCUUUCUAAGUAGACAGAGCCGUGAAGAGAGCCCUUUUUUCUAUAAAAUCUUGAUCUGGGGUUUUGCUGGUAUUAUAUUAUUUUCUGAUCUUUAUUAUAAAAAAGUUUUAAUUUUUAGUCAAAACCCAUCUGAAUUUUCGCUUGCCAGCUCAAAGGAUUUUGAACCAUGAUCUCUACAGUGAAGCAAUCGGCUUUUACAAUCAAUGGGUGUGAUUUUAUUCGGUCAAAGUCUCAAUCUUUGGCUUCUUCACGCCGUAUCUCUGUACUUCCGCCAUUACCGGCGAUGAAGUCUCGCCGGAGCUCCGGUGUAUCUAUUUCUAAGCCUGUUUUUGUUUCUUCUGUUGAGAGUUUUGGGGGUUUGAAGAGAUCUAAUGAGAAAACUGAUAGCGGUUUGGUUAAGUGUAAGGCUUAUGAAGCGGAUCGGGCUGAACCGAUUGAAGGACCUGAAUCGAAAACGGAGGUGGCAAGGAAGAUGAAGAUCGGUGUUUAUUUUGCUACUUGGUGGUUUUUGAAUGUGAUUUUUAAUAUUUAUAAUAAGAAAGUGUUGAAUGCUUUUCCAUUCCCUUGGUUAACAUCAACUUUGUCACUUGCUGCUGGUUCACUUAUUAUGUUGAUUUCUUGGGCUCUAAGAAUUGCAGAAGCUCCUAAAACUGAUCUUGAGUUCUGGAAAACUCUAUUCCCGGUUGCCGUUGCACAUACAAUUGGGCAUGUGGCAGCUACAGUGAGCAUGUCAAAGGUGGCAGUUUCAUUCACUCACAUCAUCAAGAGUGGUGAACCUGCUUUUAGUGUUUUGGUUUCAAGGUUCCUCUUGGGAGAGUCAUUCCCUACCGCCGUUUACUUAUCUCUUAUCCCCAUCAUCGGUGGUUGUGGUCUUUCUGCUCUUACAGAGUUGAACUUCAACUGGAUUGGUUUCUCGGGGGCUAUGAUCUCGAAUGUGGCAUUUGUCUUCAGAAAUAUAUUCUCCAAGAAGGGUAUGAAGGGGAAGUCUGUUAGUGGGAUGAACUACUAUGCUUGCUUGUCUAUGCUGUCUUUGUUGAUUCUCACACCAUUUGCCAUUGCUGUUGAGGGACCACAAAUGUGGGCUCUAGGAUUUGAAAAGGCUGUAUCUCAAAUUGGUCCCCAGAUCGUCUGGUGGAUGGCUGCCCAGAGUGUAUUUUAUCACCUCUACAAUCAAGUUUCAUACAUGUCUUUGGAUGAGAUCUCUCCUCUGACAUUUAGUAUUGGAAACACCAUGAAACGUAUAUCAGUAAUUGUCUCUUCCAUCAUUAUCUUCCGUACACCCGUCCAGCCAGUCAACGCUCUUGGAGCUGCCAUUGCAAUUCUUGGAACUUUCUUGUACUCACAGGCAAAACAAUGAAGAGUGGAAUUUGCAUACUGCAUUAGGGAUAAAAGACGUUGAAGAGAACCUUGAGGUGUUGCGAUAACGUCUCUCAGGAUCCUCGGUCUACCCUCACUUUGGGUUGAGCAUGGAACUUAUGAGUAUGUAGAUAGCAAUAAUGAGUUAGAAUUAACUCAAAUCCUAUAGAGUUACUAAGGCUGGUUUCCCUGUUUUGUUAUUAUUCGUAGAGACAUCAACAAGUGUACUAAUAAACUGAAUACUUGGUUGAGAGUGGUAUAAAUUAGUUUAUUUAAGCAUAAACCUUGCAGAA